AUGGCCAGUGACACCAGUGGGAAUGCCACGCCGCCACCUGUUGCUCAGGAACUCAGGCGCUCUGAUACUGACAUUGAGAGAGCAGCUCCAGUGCUGCACUGUUGCAUGUGCUGUCUUGGCUUGGGAGGGGGAGGAUCCCUGAAUGUCUGCAUCUUCAAUGAUGGCAAAGCCCAGCAGAACCAAAGUCGAGGGGCAAGGCGCAAAAGGAUGUGGUUAGAAUUUCUAGUGUUAUCAAGCGUGUCAGAAGACAUAUUUAUACAAGGCUGGCGAGGUGUACCCAUCCACUUUUUGGCAAGCUUUCCAGUGAGUAAUAUGCCAAUUAACCAAGCCAUGGAUCUGGACCACCAGAAAAAGUUUAAUCUCUGUGAGGUUAACAUGAGCGAGCAGGAGAAUAUGAUGUAUCUGGCGAUCUACAUUCCCACCUUCAUCCUGGGACUGCCUUUCAACCUCCUGGCACUCCUGAUGUUUUGCUGCAAGAUAAAGAGAUGGACUGAAACGACCAUUUACAUGAGCAACCUUGCCCUGGCAGACAUCCUGCUGCUGUUCUCUCUUCCUUUUAAGAUGCUUGACCAGGAUGAGGGCUGGCCCUUUGACGUGGCCUUCUGCUCCUUUGUGGAGUCGCUCUACUUUGUCAACAUGUAUGCCAGCAUCUUCAUCAUCACCUCCAUUAGCAUCGAUCGCUAUGUUGCCAUCAUUCACCCUUUGAAGGCGAAGGCUUUUCGGUGCCCCCGAUACACCAUGAUCAUUUGCCUUGUCAUUUGGGCCUUUGUGUGGUUGGGGAGCAUCCCUGUCUAUGGGUUCCAUGACAGCCCAGAAUCCACUAACUCCACCAUCAUCUGCUUCCAUAAAUUCUCUGAUAAGUCAUGGAACCCGGGUCUGAUCGCCUUUGUGGAGCUGCUGGGCUUUGUGAUCCCAAUGGCUGCCAUGGUCUUUUGUUCAGUCCAAAUUGUCAGGAAACUGCUGCAGAGGCAAAGUGAGGCUUCCGGAAACUGCCAGGCCUGCAUCAAAAUUAUCAUUGCCAACCUGGUUGUCUUCAUUUGCUCAUUUGUGCCCAUCCACAUUGGCAUCUUUCUUCAGUUUUUAGUGCGGCAGGACAUCAUUGGUCAAGAUUACUGUUUGAUGCGAAGAAGUAUUAGUUUAUUUGUUCAAGGCGCCAUGUGCUUAGCCAAUGUCAACUGUUGCCUAGAUGCCAUUUGUUACUAUUUUGUUGCAAAGGAAUUUCGGGACCAAGGCUCACGCACCAAGAGAUCAUUGGUUUCCCUUUUCUCAGUUAAUGAUGUGAGUGUUUAGCCAGAUUCAGGACAUCUUGUACCAUGAGAUUUGUGCCAUGUUGUCUUCUUACACACUUUGCCUUUGGCGUUUUAUUGGACCGCACUCUCAUCGAUUACAUGGUUUAUUCAUUGUACACUCCAAACUAUUCUGCACUUUCUCUAUGGGAAAAAUGGACAUUCACAUAGCACUUUUCACAAUCUUAGGAAGUCCCAAAGUGCUUUACAGCCGACUAAGUCUUGAAAUGAAUUCAAGCGCUGUGAUAGCAGACAACCUGUUUGAGUGAUGGUAGUCGAGGGGUAAAUAUUGCCCAGGAGCUGGAACAAUGGGAGAACUACCCUGUGCUUUUUUUGAUGGCACCAUGGGUUAUUUUAAGUACUGAGAGUGCCGAUGGGAGACCGGUUUAACAUCUCAAUCUGAAAGAUGACACUUACGGCCGUGCAGAACUCCCUGAGUACUGUGCUCAAAUGUCACUCUAGAUUUAAUGUUCCAGUCUUCAGACUGGGAUUUUCUUGUCAAUCUCUUGUGGGAUGUGGGCAUUGCUGGUAAGGCCACCAUUUCCUUCUGAUCACAAAUUGCCAUUGAGAGCAAUAGUUGUUCCCAAGAGACAACCUAUUGUGCUUCUGGGGUUGUGUCACAAUGUAAGCCAGUGGGUUUCCUCUCUAAAGGGCAUUAGUGAAGCAAUUUGGGUUUUUAUUGAAUCAAUUUGAUUUAUUAUUUAACUGAAUUUAAAUUCCACUCACUGUCAUGGAGGGAUUGGGAUCCCAUCUGACCAGAUUAUUGGCCUGGGCUUCUGGAUAAUUAAAUCCAGUGACAUUCUCACAAUGCCACCAUUCUUCAAACACUCAAACAAAGGAACAAGGGUACUACCUCUUAACCUCGGAAUGACACCCUAAUCCCACAGCCCCAGCUCGCAGCCAUGUAGAUGGCUAUCCCUCGCACUCCUAAUCAUUUCUUGAUUGUUCAGUCUUUGUUCUGCACAGUUCUUAACUGUGGGUACAGUGGGCAAUGAGGAGGUGGAGUGUGAAUUUUGUGAAAUGGUCAAUCCGCUGUGUGUCCAAAGCUUCCCUUGCCCUUAAUGCUGUGAAUGUCUGUGACAGAUCGAUGGAACAAAAUUGUAUUGUGAUGCAUUAAAGAUCCCAUU